UGUUUACAAAUGUUCUGAAUGUUGUGUGGAGGGUGCUGAAGUAAACUUCUUUCCUGAGGCUGCAGGGUCUGGAUUAUUUGCUGGGGGGUUGGGCAGUUUAGUCAGCUGAUGAGCACCCCCCCAUUAACUUUGCAAGUAGAAUAGAGCCGGAGGGUGGGGUGUCCCCAGAGUUGUGGCCUGCAGGGGAGGCCAGGUGAGGCCUGCCGGGGCAGCUUGCACCUGAGCCGUUCCGAUGCGCAGAACCUGAGCCUCGGAGAUGGCAGCCGCCCACCUCCCUGGUGCAGGACGACUGUGGUCUGUCCCUGGGCCCUUGGUCCUGAGCUGCUGGCCAAGUUCUGAAACAUGUGAGUAGGGGCUGGAUUGGAAGUGGGGCAGCAACUGCUCGGUGGCCGGCGGCCCCAUACCUGCUGGGGACCCGUGUCCUGGUUUGUUCUGCCACUUGCCUCUUGUGGGAGUCUCUCUAUUCCUGUGCCCUGGAAGCCUCUCCGAGGGUGGAGGCCCCUGUGUGCGACCUGUGGGUACCACUCUCGGGGCUCGCUGCACGGCUGGAGACGUGAGCAGUACAAGGUUAGGAGCAGGUGGCUCAGCAAACCCCUGGGACAUGUGCUUGAAGAGUCUGCGCCUUAAUGCCCUUGCUGGGCGCAGCUGAUCAGAGAACUUUCUAGAGCAUUUCCUUCCUGAUGUGCAUUUCUCUUCAGGAUCCACAGAUGGAGUCAGUGGAAAAGACAGCAACUCGAAGUGAGCAGAAGUCCAGUAGGAAGUUCCUGAAGAGCCUCGUCCGGAAGCAGCCGCAGGAGCUGCUGCUGGUCAUCGGGACGGGGGUCAGUGCGGCUGUGGCCCCGGGCAUCCCAGCGCUGUGCUCAUGGCGGAGCUGCAUCGAGGCUGUCAUCGAGGCCGCAGAACAGCUGGAGGUGCUGCACCCGGGUGAUGUUGCCGAGUUCCGCAGGAAGGUGACGAAGGACAGGGACCUGCUGGUGGUAGCCCAUGACCUGAUCCGGAAGAUGUCCCCUCGCACGGGCGACACCAAGCCCAACUUCUUCCAGGACUGCCUGAUGGAGGUCUUCGACAGCCUGGAGCAGCACAUCCAGAACCCCGCGGUGCUGCAGGCUAUCCUUCGCCUCAUGGACAGGGGCACCAUGGUGCUGACCACCAACUACGACAACCUGCUGGAGCUGUUUGGACAGCAGCAGAGCAAGCCCAUGGAGUCUCUGGACCUUAAGGACAAGACCAAGGUCCUGCAGUGGGCGAGAGGCCACAUCAAGUACGGGGUCUUGCACAUCCAUGGCCUGUACACGGACCCCUGUGGGCUGGUGCUGGACCCGUCGGGGUACAAAGAUGUCACUCAAGACCCAGAAGUGAUGGAAGUCCUGCAGAACCUGUACCGCACCAAGUCCUUCCUGUUCAUGGGCUGCGGGGAGACGCUGCGCGACCAGAUCUUCCAGGCGCUCUUCCUGUACUCGGUGCCCGACAAGGUGGACCUGGAGCACUACAUGGUGGUGCUCAAGGAGAACGAGGACCACUUCUUCAAGCAGCAGGCUGACAUGCUCCUGCAUGGCAUCAAGGUGGUGUCCUACGGGGACUGCUUCGCCCACUUCCCGGGCUACGUGCAGGAGCUGGCCACGCAGAUCUGCAGGCAGUCCAGUCCAGAUGCUGAGCGCGUGGACAGCACCACGUUAUUGGGUAAUGCGUGUCAGGACUGUGCCAAGAGGAAGUUAGAAGAGAACGGAAUUGAAGUGUCCAAAAAGCUCCGCCAGUCGGACAGCGGUACGAUGAUGCUGGAGGGUCCUGAGCUCUGUGAAGCCCGUCAGACCUGAGACUUGAAGACCAGCCUCGCCACCACAGUGCCACGACCCAGCACGCGGUCUCAGCCGGGAGCCCCCGGCUGUGUUGUUACAUGGCCGGUGCUCGGACCCGCAUCAGGGACUCUGGAAGGACUGAUGGACAGCCGCCUUAGGGCCCAGCCCGUGGGCAGGCGUCCCCGGUUCCCGCUGGGUGCUCUCACACGCCCUAUUCCUGAGGAGAUGAGACCAAGACCAUCCCUGCAACGGGAGCUGCCGCGGAGAACUGGGCCCGUGUGGUGCAGGUUCUGUGUCGAAGCCUGUUGCCGGGGAACGUGUUGUGUGGGGGUUGCGUGUUAAGUAGUAAAGGAGUAGACACUCCAGGCACAGUCCGCCAGUGAAAAUGUCUCGUUCCUUGUGCUUCGGAAACAAAGGACAGGCCUGACUGCUGCUGUGCGGCGUGGGUGUCAUGGACGAGCCGGGGGCUGAGUGGCGAGGCCCAGCAUGUGACUGGGGAGGUACAGGCGAGGGUGAGACGAGCAGCGAGCUUUCAGGUGACACCUUCUGAGCUUUCCAAGUCUUUACCUCGGGGUAAGAGCUAAUAACCGUUCUUAUCUCCUAAGAUACUCUUGCUGGGCCGUGUCCAGGGAGCGCAGGGAGGCUGCAGGCGCCCUGCAUGUCUGGGGCUCACGACUUCCAGGGGGUGCUUCCUGCCAUGCCCCGUGAUGUGCCCACUGAUGGCACUGCAGCUCAGUCAGGCCCAGACAAAGAGCAGGACCCAUGCAGGCCGCGGGGGUGCCCGGGAGAGAUGCCUGAGGCCUGCUGAGACCGGUUUCCCCUCUUUGAAGCACGGACAACAAAUCUUUGCUGCUGUUCUGGUCAUAAAUAAAGCUUAAAGUGUGGCCUUGUUUGCUGAGGUCUCAAAAACUCAAAUGGUGCAUUUUGAAAGAUCUAUUGACUGUGAAGGCAGAGUUCUGUGGGCUGGGUGGGCUGGAGCUGCGAGCGGCAGCUGUCUGGCCUUCCCAAGGGCUGGCAGGCUCUUAAGCCGUCUCCAGGGGGUCUUCCCAGGUGUGGGUCGGGCUGGG